GGCACGGCCUGGCCGCCCCGCCCGCCCGCGUUGCCAGGGGAGCGGCGAUGCCGCCGCCAUGAGCAGGAAGAGGCAGCGGCAGCAGCUGGCGGACUCGCUGGGCCGAUCCGCCAAGCACUUUAAUAAACGCGAAGUGGAAUGUCUGAUCAAGCUCUUCGACACGCUGGUGGCCGAGUCCAGCAGCCGCUUUGCUGCAGCUGGCUUUGACCGUAACAUGUUCAGAGACACCCUGCACAGCGCGUUUGGCAUGACGGAUGACAUGAUCAUGGACAGAGUGUUCCGCACUUUUGAUAAAGACAACGAUAGCUGCAUCAAUGUGGUGGAAUGGGUGGAAGGCUUAUCAGUAUUUCUUCGGGGGACAUUGGAAGAAAGGAUUAAAUACUGUUUUGAGGUUUACGACCUGAAUGGUGAUGGAUACAUUUCGAGAGAGGAAAUGUUCCAAAUGCUGAAAAACAGCCUUCUCAAACAACCAUCAGAAGAAGAUCCUGAUGAGGGAAUUAAGGACUUGGUAGACAUAGCACUGAAGAAAAUGGACUAUGAUCAUGAUGGCAAGCUUUCUUUUAUGGACUUUGAAAAAGCAGUCAGAGAUGAAAAUCUUCUGUUAGAAGCCUUUGGACCGUGUUUGCCAGACAUAAAGAGCAGUAUGGCAUUUGAACAGAAGACUUUCCAGGAAGCUCGUAAACUGUAACUCCAAGUGGAAUACUGUUAAACCAGAUACAAGUACAACACUGGAGUCAGCAGGACUACCUGCAAAGUUACAGUGCCGCCCCAUGUGGAAAACAAGUGUAGUUUGCUAAAAAUCAUUUAGGACCAUGCACUGACAUUUAUACUUUCUAAAGUGUAGUGUAAGAGGUAUGGAGUAGAAUGGCCUGC